AGGCACAGCAAUAGUCGAUUUUAGGAAGAAUAGAAGAAAGAUAGAUUCGACGCCGAAUUUCAGUUGGAGCUAAUCCAAAGACACGAUUCAAUGCUCCGAGCUUGCGCCGACAAGCAAGAGCAAUGUCUUUGGCAUGAUCGUUCCACCUAAGAUCGUGCGAAACAAGAACACCAGGACAACGUACAGAAGACACAACAGAAAGAGGAACACCGUUGAGAUACAAUUGAUUAUAAACGUACGGAAAUAUGUUGAAAGAGACCAGCGACGAUAUCGUCUAGAACGUUUUAAAAAAAAGGAAGACACAUUGAGAAACAAGUUAAGCUCGAAAUUAAAUAGGAGUUCGGAGAUACUUGACAAGUCAUUGUGUUUCCUACGCUGUUAAAGUUUACGAUCGAUGACCUCCCCAUCGAUCAUAACAAUACCAUUCAUAACACGAUAAUGACACACUUUUACCGUGACUUUUUGAUAGUUUUGCCGUUAUUUUUCUUUACAGUGCAGUCAAGAGAAUAAAUGUAAUAUAAAACCGUUCUUUGCGUGUGCAGCACGUGGCUCUUUCGUUCCGAUGUAAACAUCAAGCAAGAAAAAUUAAUAGAACGAAGGAAAUCAUUGUAUUCAGUGCUAGGAUCAACGAGAACUGACGUAGAUAUAGUCUCUCCUUGAAACUCUGGAGCUAAAAGAAGACAACGAUUGGCUAUAUAUAUAUAUAUACAAUAUAUAUAUGGCAGAUAGAAUACAGAAUUGGUCGAAUGUUUAUUCAAUGAAAAGAGAGAAAGAAAAGAAUAUUAUCAUCGGUGGCCAUUUUUGGCAGGCAACUUCUUUCAUCUAACUGUGCUCUGUAAACAAUUGUAUCGUCGUUUUUUCCAAUAUUUCAAGUUCUCCAGUGAUCUUCAGUCGUCUUAUUCAUUAGAAUGGUUGUAAAGUAACUAUGACGAACAGCUUGAUAUGCUGUAAUGCCAUGCGAAAUAUAAAUCCCUUUUAAAAUGUUUUCUCUUUAUUCGGGUCAGAUGUCCGGACUUUGAUUGAAACGAAAUACUUUCAAACAGUUCCAUUUACUCUGUAUAGAAAUAAAUUACGACAAAAUCUAACUAAAUAUAUCGUGUAUAAUACUAGAAGAUGAGUGGGAGGUUGGCUUUUGUGUAAUAUUCAAUAGAAUGACCGUAGAAUUUUAGCAAAUGUCUACAAGAAAAAUUAUUUAUAUAAAGUGAAAACCUAAGGACUUUUGUCUCUAGAUAUUAGAAAGAAAAAUGAUGAGAAAAAAAUUGUUUGUCGUGUGACAGAAGAGUUCUUUGCCAGACAUUCUGAGAAAAAACAGGAUGUACAGCUAGAAAAUCUUACUAAAAAAAUGAAGCACAAAAGUUCGGACGUCUUAUCCUGUGGGAUAAUACGUAAUUAUAUUUUUCUUUGAACUGUACCUUAUUCGUCGAAUUUAGAUAAAAUCAAUAAUAAAAAAAUGGUUUUAUUAGUGUCCUCUCUCGACAAAUAUUUCUCGUUUUUGGACAAAAUUGAACCAAACAGAUUAUUGAUUGCAUUGAUCUCUUUUGGAUGGGCUGUAUCAUUAUGGGAACAUUAUUUAUCGUACAGACAGUACAUGAAUUAUAAACAGCCUAGAAAUGUACCAUUAGAAUUAGAAGAUUUGAUGACUGAAGAAGAAUUACAAAAAGCAAGAUCAUAUGCUAUUGAUAAAAUUCAGUAUAAUGAAAUUCACUCAUUUGUCUCCGAAAUAGAAACAACGCUUUUACUAGUAUUUGGGAUACUACCGUGGUUAUGGAACAACUGUGACAAUAUAUUAGUAAAAUAUGAUUAUAUUAAUUGUGAAAUAUUACAAUCAGUUCUGUUCCUUUGUAUUAUGAUAAUAUACUCAUCCAUCACAAAUAUACCAUGGUGUUAUUAUUAUAAUUUUGUUCUUGAAGAGCGACAUGGGUUUAACAAACAGACUAUUCUGUUUUAUAUCAGAGACACUAUUAAAAAAUUGAUUGUUUCACUCGUAUUGAGUAUAACUAUUGCUGCAUUACUCAUUAAUAUAAUCAAAAUUGGUGGUGAUUAUUUUUUUAUUUAUGCGUGGUUGUUUUUAACCAUAAUCGCAUUGACUAUUGCUGUUCUCUAUCCAAAUUAUAUUGCACCAUUAUUCGAUCAUUAUGAUACACUACAACAUGGAACAUUAAGAGAAAGUAUUGAAAACUUAGCAGCAAAAAUCAAUUUUCCAUUGACCAAAAUCUAUGUUGUUAAAGGCUCAAUAAAAAGUGCACAUAGUAACGCUUAUUUCUAUGGAUUUUUCAAAGCCAAACGUAUUGUUAUAUCCGAUACACUAAUAAAAGGUUAUGUAAUGAAAGGUGAUAACGACAAAAAAAAAGAUAACUUGAAUUUUGACACUGCAUCCAAAUCCAAUGUUAGUAGAGACAACUUAAUAUUAAAAGAACUAUCCGAAUCUAUUAUUCAAAGAAAAGUUGGUAUUAUUUUGGCAGAUAAGACUAGUGAAGAAAUUACGCCAUUAAAAAGUACAACGAAUCCAAUAGCACAAGAAAAGGGUUGUGAAAUAGAUGAGGUAUUAGCCGUACUUGCUCACGAAUUCGGUCACUGGAAAUUAAACCAUAAUGUGUUCAAUCUAUCCAUCUCAUUUUUAAAUUUACUCUUUGUUUUUGUUGUCUUUGCUGCUCUAUUUAAACGUUCCGUAUUAUAUCGUUCAUUUGGUUUUGAAGAAAGUUGUCCAAUAUUAAUCGGUUUACUUAUCAUAUUUCAAUACGUAUUAUCACCCUAUUUCGAAUCAUUUUCAUUUUUCAUGACGGUAUUAUCACGACGUUUUGAAUUUCAAGCUGAUCGUUUUGCAUCAAAAUUUCAUCAAGCUACGCCGUUAUGCCGUGCAUUAAAAAGAUUAGAAAAAGAUAAUUUAUCUUAUCCAUAUUCCGAUUCAUUAUACGCCAUGUAUCAUUAUUCACAUCCGGUAUUACUAGAGCGUUUAAAAGCUCUAAAAAAAACUCAAUAA